UCAUAAAUAAUUUUGUUAUUCUUUUUAAAAAAUUGUGCUCAUAAAUGGCAAAUUUCUGCUGCAUUUGUGGUUCUAAACGGCACGAGUCGCCACAGAAAAUCAUUCUGCACUCAUUUCCAAAAGAUCCUGACAAGCUCUCAGCGUGGUUGUCCGUUCUAGCACCGGAUAAAAUUCCAGAAAAUAUCCUGGCUGCCCGCGUAUGUAGCCAGCACUUCAGCAACCAUCAAUAUGAAACUACCGUUUACCCAAAUGGGAAUUCGUUUACGAGACUAGCACGCACUGCUUGUCCAGACAUCAUAUGGUCGAAUGUGCAAGAGAACCUGCGUUUAUGCUACAGAUCAGUGGGAGUACAAACAGAUGUUACAUUUUUUGCUGGGUCGGAUAUUGAUUGUUAUACUCAAGGUAUAGCAGUCACAUAUGGUGAAGAGAACUCAAAAAGAAGCAGAGACCCUAUACCGCUAGAAACACCACAAGAUGAACCACAGAAGAAACGAAAGUCUAUCGAGUGCAUCGAAUCGUAUGUACGUGAUUUUCGUGACAAGACCUCUCAUUCCAAAUGUUCUGAUGAUGACACUUAUGUGACACCGAAUGUCGAAGGUGUACCAUUGGAUGAAUUAUACUCGUCAGUGCACCUUGAACUUUGCGAUGUAGGUAGCAUGGAAGAACUAGAUUCAGGGCUCGAUUACUGUUAAAACUAGUGUGCAUCCCGUAAUUAAUGGAGGCAUCUACAGCGAAUUUAGUUAAUUCAGCACUAGGGCCGUAACCAGAACCAAUUUGACCUGAAGUAGUAG